AUGUGCAGUGCGGCAGAAGAAAACGUCCCUAGUCAACCAGCAGUGAAACGUAAGCGUUUCUUUGACUUUGAAGCUCAUCCACGACGCAAAAUCGCCAUACAGUUUCUCUACUAUGGUUGGGAAUUCGACGGUUUGGUACAGCAGGCGAAUACUGAGAACACAGUAGAAAAGCACUUGAUGGACGCUUUGUUGAAAACAAAACUCAUUUUUGAUGAGAAAAACUGCGACUUUUCACGAUGUGGACGGACUGAUAAAGGUGUAUCAGCCUUUAAGCAAGUUGCAGCUCUCGUGGUGAGAUCGGCAGAUGUAAAUGGCAAAUUUGUGUUUUGGCAUGAUGAUGCUGACAAGUCUGUCAUUGAAAAUUAUCCAGAAAAGGAAGAAUUAUCUUAUUUGAAAAUGUUGAAUGGUGUGUUGCCAAGCAGCGUAAGGGUUAUGGCAUGGGCACCAGUACCUCGAGACUUUUCUGCAAGACAUGCGUGUAAUAUGCGGGUGUACAAAUAUAGUCUACCCAGGGCCAAUUUGAACCUCGAGGUUAUGCGAGAAGCGUGCAAUUUGCUUGUAGGAACGCAUGAUUUUAGAAAUUUCUGUCAGGUGGAUAUGAACGAGAAGCGCGUUAAUAUGUCUUUUGUUCGUGAACUAUUUGAAGUUUCUAUAGAGCCGAUAUCCGCAAAUGAGUCGUUUUCUGGUUCAUCACGGAACGAAUUGGUAGAAUUAACUAUCCAAGGGAGUGGUUUUUUAUGGCAUAUGAUCCGAGCAAGGAUUGUUGAAAAUAUGCUCAACGGAAUUAUUGAAACACCUUUGGCAUCGCAUAUGGAUCUCGAUAAGGGACUUUUACAAUUCACACAGAGUUUUCUUACAUUGAAAUGGGUUGAGGAUCGUCCAUUACCAUCUCGAUAUAUCAAAUUCGCCGAAAGAAAGACAUGUGACAGUGUCGAACAGAAACGAGAGAAACUUGAAAAGAAGAGAGAAGCGAACGGUGACAAGGAUUGUGAUGGUGAGUGCUAG